AUGAAAGCUGAUCAUUUUAUACGUACAUCAACGAAAAGUGGUUAUAAAAAAGUAUGUAUCCAUAUUCGACGAGGAGACUUUUUGAAAGAAAGACAGUUAAGGAAUGGGUUUUCUGUUGCAGAUCUAACGUACAUUAAACGUGCAAAGGAGGUAUUUCUUAAAAGGUAUUCCAAAGUACAAUUUGUAGUGUUAAGCAAUGACAAGAAAUGGUGCAAAAUGCAUAUCAAAGGGGAUGUGAUCAGUAACUUCACAGAACCUGGAGAUGAUAUGGCUUUAAUGGCAUUGUGUGACGACGUAGUUGUUACAUCAGGAACUUUUGGUUGGUGGGGUGCAUGGCUUUCUGGUGGAACGACUGUAUAUUUCAAGGGAUACCCGAGACCAAUGUCUCCUAUAGAUCGUCGUUUCAACAGAACUGAAUAUUAUCCACCUCACUGGAUUGGCCUAUAA